AAAGAAAAGAAAAAAAGUAGUUCCUGCAGCAUGUAGCCUUCAUUGUGACCUCCUGCAUUGGUGAUAAGGGCAGAUACAGUGCUCCUAGUUUACAUCCACUAUGUUGACAAAUAAGUAUGUAGUUGCUGCCUCUGUGGUUGGGACAGUGCUGGGGGGAGGAAUCCUGCUAAAGGAUUACAUGCGCAGUGACAACGGCCCCAGUAAAGCAAUGAUAACUGGCAAGACUGUGAUAGUAACUGGGGCAAAUACAGGAAUCGGCAAAGAAACCGCCAUGGAUUUGGCAAGAAGAGGAGGAAAGGUUAUUAUGGCCUGUCGAGAUAUGGGGAAGUGUGAAAAUGCUGCCAGAGAAGUACGUGGUCAAACACUAAAUCACAAUGUGUAUGCUAAACAUCUGGAUCUCGCAUCUACUAAAUCCAUCAAAGAAUUUGCCAGAAGUAUACGGAAAGAAGAAGAACACGUGGACAUUCUUAUUAACAAUGCUGCAGUAAUGAGAUGUCCUAACUGGAAGACAGAAGACAACUUUGAAAUGCAGUUUGGUGUCAACCACUUGGGUCAUUUUCUCCUAACUAACCUGCUCCUUGAAAAGAUGAAGAGAUCAGUAAAUUCCCGUAUAAUAAACGUGUCUUCUUUGGCACACAUAGCGGGAGAGAUUGACUUUGAUGAUUUGAACUGGGAAAAAAAGAAGUACAACACAAAAGCAGCUUAUUGCCAAAGUAAGCUUGCUAACGUCCUGUUUACAAAUGAGUUAGCAAAAAGGCUGCAAGGUACAGGAGUAACGGCCAACUCCCUACACCCAGGGGUUGCAGAUACUGAGCUGGGAAGACAUACAGGAAUGCAUAAAUCUACAUUCUCCAGCACAGUGCUAGCGCCUCUGUUUUGGUUCCUGGUAAAAUCACCCAAAGAAGCAGCCCAGCCCAGCAUCUAUUUGGCUGUGAAUGAGGAAAUGGCAGGCAUAUCUGGGAAAUAUUUCAAUGGCUUGAAGGAAAAAGAGCCAGCUCCACAGGCUUUGGACGAAGAGACUGCAAGGAGGCUCUGGGUAGAAAGUGCCAAACUGGUGCAUCUUGAUGAUGCAUUAAAGGAAUGUGAAGCACAAUAGGACUUUAAAUCAAACCUAGCAAAUUACCUUCAGUGAAGGCUUGUAGCUGUUUUAAUAUUUACAAAAAAAAAUAAAUAAA